AGCUAGCAAUUAGUGCAAGUAGAGCCUACGCUUUUCUGAAAUGGCUUCUGAUCGAGGAAGUGGGAUUUCCACGGUUAAUGAGCGCUUUUUAGGGCUGUAUCUUGUUUACCAUAUCCUUUAGUUCUUGUUUAUUUUAAUCAGAUUUUGACAUUAGAUGGUGAAACAUUUGACAUUCCUGCAAAGUUCUUCUCUAUAUAUUCAGCUUUGCAAAUCAAGCACUGUCAUACAGAAAACACAAGCUCUCUACAUCAGUUAGCUAAGAGUUCUCUCUCCUUUCUUGUCAUGGCGUUUCAGUCGCAUUGUUUAAGACUCUGGUUCUUUGUGAUGUUAAUCUUUACCGGGUCGUGCUCUGCACAAUUAUCAUCUAACUACUAUGCGAAGACAUGCCCGAGAGCUCUCUCUGUCAUCAGAGGUGCAGUUUACGGUGCAGUAGCGAAGGAGUCUCGCAUGGGAGCUUCUUUGCUCCGUCUCCAUUUCCAUGACUGUUUUGUUAAUGGUUGUGAUGCUUCUGUACUGCUUGAUGAUGAUGACUCUUCCAAUUUCACCGGGGAAAAGAGUGCAGCCCCUAAUGCUAAUUCCCUAAGAGGUUUCGAAGUGAUCGAUGCCAUCAAAACUCAAGUAGAGAGCAUCUGCCCUGGUGUUGUUUCUUGUGCCGAUCUUCUCGCAGUCACUGCCAGGGAUUCUGUCGUUGCACUAGGCGGGCCAUCUUGGACUGUUCAAUUAGGCAGAAGAGACUCGACCACAGCAAGUUUCAGCAAUGCAAAUACAGACCUUGCUUCCCCACUGAUGAACCUCGACGAACUUAUAUCAGUAUUCUCCAACAAAGGGUUCACUGCAAAAGAAAUGGUUGCUCUCUCAGGAGCUCAUACCACUGGCCAAGCCAGGUGUUUGCUGUUUCGAAACCGAAUCUACAAUGAGACGAACAUAGAUUCAGCGUUUGCGAAAUCAGUUCAAUCAAACUGUCCCAGAUCAGGCGGCGGUGACGACCUCUCUUCCCUGGAUGUUACUUCCCCAGUAGUAUUCGACAAUGCUUAUUUCAAGAACUUGGUUAACAAGAAGGGCCUGCUUCAUUCAGACCAACAGCUCUUCAACGGGGGCUCCGUGGACUCUCAGGUCACUGCGUACAGCAACAACCCCAUCACCUUUUACGCUGAUUUUGGUGAUGCUAUGGUGAAAAUGGGGAACCUUAGCCCGUUGACAGGAACCAAUGGGGAAAUUCGCACUAAUUGCAGGAAGGUGAACUGAUCAAAAAAGCGCGUUCGCCAUUUGUAUCAGCUUCUUCUUCUGCUACGAAUUUCGGCUAAUAACUAUUACUACUAUAUAAUUGUGGGUUGUGAUUUUUUUCUUUUUCUUUUCACUUUUUUAAGUGUAUUUCACAAAGACUAUAUCACCAAACUGCCUUUCAUUGGCUCUCAAACGUUAUCAGACAAAUAUUAAUAAAUUAAUCUAUCUUAUUUAUACACCAACUUCAUAAUCUCUCCGUGUAUUCGUCACUAUAUUCACGUC